AUGGACUCAUUCGAUCCCCAGGUAGCAUACGAGCUGUCCAAGCUAGACCCAAACGUGCCCUUCCGAGCGAUCAAAGCGCAUUUACACCAUACCUGGGCCAAGACCUUUUAUUCCCGGCCGGAACUUUACAUCCAGCCCGAAUCCGUUGCUGAGAUUCAAAAAGUUGUGAAUCUAGCGCGGAGAUGUCGACGUCGGCUUGUGACAGUCGGCAGUGGCCAUUCGCCUUCAGACUUGACUUGCAGCUCCUCAUGGAUCAUCAACCUCGACAAUUUUCGCCGUAUUCUAUCGUUCUCUACCGAAACUGGAAUCGUAACCGUGGAAUCAGGGAUAAGACUCUGGCAGCUAGGCGACGAAUUAGAAAAACGAGGCUUGAUGCUACCGAAUCUAGGCAGUAUUGAUAGCCAAUCCAUUUCGGGUGUGAUAUCGACAGGCACCCAUGGAAGCUCUCUGCGAUUUGGCCUAUUAUCUGAUUCCGUACUCUCUCUGUCCAUAGUGCUUGCGAACGGCCAGGUUGUGCGAUGCAGUAAUGCAAAUAACUCCACGUUAUUCCGCGCGGCUCUUAUAUCUCUGGGCGCAAUUGGAAUCAUUACUGAAAUGACAAUACAGGCUGUUCCUACGUUCAAUAUCGCUUGGAAACAAGUUUUGAAAUCUCUUCCCCAGGUGCUAGAGGACUGGGACACCGGACUGUGGACAAGCUCCGAAUACGUCAGGGUAUGGUGGCUACCGUACCUUAAACGUGCUGUCGUUUGGCGUGCCGACAAAACUGAGCUAGAGUUACGGAAUCCGCCUUCAAAUUUCUAUGGGGGCCGACUGGGGAACGCAAUUUAUCAACAUUUAUUAUACCUAUCAACCUAUUUUCCAAGGCUGUUGCCAUGGAUUGAAUGGUUUAUCUUUGGCAUGCAAUAUGGCUUUAAGCCUGAAAAGUGCGUGACGGAGGCUGUUCAGCCAGGUCGGACUGGCUUGUUGAUGAACUGUCUAUACUCUCAAUUUGUCAACGAAUGGGCCAUUCCGUUAGAAAAAGGACCGGAAGCAAUAACUAGAAUGUCAGCAUGGCUCAAUGGCGAUACUAAAACUGCGAAUAUACCGUUUAGCCCUAAAGACGUUUACGUGCAUUCUCCCAUCGAAGUUCGUGUUUCCGAUACGUCGAAGUCAGCCACUCCCCGCCCUUAUUUGGAUCCUUCAAACAGGCAGGGCCCGACCUUGUAUCUCAAUGCCACUCUCUACCGCCCCCACCUUCGCAACCCCCCUUGUACUGAGAGGUACUAUGAAGCAUUUGAAUGGCUGAUGCGCGAACUUGGGGGGCGCCCUCACUGGGCCAAGAAUUUUACCGAAACCCUCGGUCCGACUGAGUUUCAUAACAUGUACGGGAAUGACCUAGACGAAUGGCUUCAAGCUAGAAACGAAGCAGACCCUGAAGGAAUGUUUUUGGGUGAAUGGCAUCGAAGAACACUGCUCCCCGCUCAGAAAAUAGAAUCGGAUGACCCUUUCCCACUGGCAGAGCGAGAGCAAGAGCGCCGAAGAUUCGGUAAAUUCGGCGCAGGCGAUGGUCUUGAGUGGAUUGGAAAGAAAGCGUGGACCCGCAUAACAGAUCAAACUGAAGAAGGUGAAAAGAACGGCACCCCUUCCACUCCUAGUCCACCGGCAACGACUACCAGUGAGGAGAGUUUUGACUACUUGGCCCGUGGUGAAGCAAGUAUCAUGGUCGUCUAA